UUCCCCUCUCUCUAACUGAUGUGGGAUCUCACAUAUCCUAGAUUGGCCAUUUGGAAUCCUUUGGAAUUCCAAAGAAGCAAAUCUGGGGCGGUGAAGAUGAAAACAAUCUUCCCAACAUGUCAGAAGUCCCAACAUGAGUUAGACAACAAAGGAAUUUUCUCAUUGUUCAACCAAGUUGUUCUAAAAAAAGUAUAUAUAUUCUCUUGGUUGGAACAUUUUGAAGUUGUUACCACAGACCGAGAGAACUAAGGGAGGUCAGAUUUUAUCCCAAGAUUCCAAUGCUGAGCGUAAUAUUAAGACAGCCAUAUCUUUCCAAAGCUAGUGUUGGAAAAUCAGUAUAAAAAAGCACAUACCUUGUCAUGAGCACAGCACUGGUUGUCUUUUCAUCUGAAUAUCUGCAUUCAUUUGCAUACCUUUUCAUCAGCAUGCUGCUUCACCAUGUGAGCAGAAGAGAGCUUCCAUGCGUUUCAAUUGCUUUCCAUAUUUUUGCCUGAAGAUUUCAUAUCUUGCUUCUCUGCGCCAUUUGGAGAAAGAGAGAGACAAGUGGCUGAUUGCUAUAUAAAAAGACUAAGAACUUGAUCAGAUAAAAACAAAAACUAAAUUAUGGCUAAUGAGCUUGGUUUGGUGAUAAAAAAGAACCAGUGGAAGAUGCCUAUGAGUGUCUUCUUCAAGGAUGCAAGACUUGUUUUCAAGUGGGAUGAUCUUGGAAAAGAGAUACUAGGAAUUGCAUUUCCAGCUGCUCUAGCUGUUGCUGCUGAUCCAAUUGCUUCUCUUAUCGACACCAUUUUCGUCGGUCAUAUUGGAGCUGUUGAACUUGCAGCCGUUGGAGUGUCUGUUGCGAUAUUCAAUCAAGCUUCAAGGAUCACCAUAUUCCCAUUGGUGAGCAUAACAACAUCAUUUGUUGCUGAGGAAGACACUAUUGGAAAAACAGCCAUAAAACCAGUGAAAGGUGAGACAGAGAAGCAUUUGACAGAGAAUGGCCGAAAGAGAGAACUUACAUCACAGGAUGAAACCAAGAAGGAAAACAUGUUGGAAAAGAGUAGUUCUGCUUCACUUAUAACUAAAGAAACGAGAAAUUCGACACCUGGAAAUGGCACCAUUCAUGAUUUGGAAAAGAAUCCAAACAUGUUGGAAAAGAAGUCCUGGGAAGAACAUGAUGGAAAAAGAGAAUCUGUACAAGAAAAUGCCACACUUGAGAACUCUGAAAAAGAUUUGAGCACAAAGAAGAGUCAACCUCCUACUGUCAAGCCCAAGAAUAAAGAGAAGAAGCACAUUGCUUCAGCAUCCACAGCACUGAUCUUUGGGACAGUUUUGGGCCUCCUGCAAGCAGUUUUCCUUGCAUUUGGAGCUAAAUUCCUAUUAAAUGUAAUGGGAGUGAAGCAAGGCUCUCCAAUGCUAGCUCCUGCAAUGAAAUACUUGGUGUUAAGGUCACUUGGUGCUCCUGCUGUUCUUCUUUCUCUGGCCAUGCAGGGGAUCUUCAGAGGGGUUAAGGACACAAGAACUCCUCUCUAUGUUAUUGUUUUGGGGUACACAACAAAUAUCAUUUUGGAUCCAAUAUUGAUAUUUGUGUGCCAUUUGGGAGUGAAGGGUGCAGCCAUAGCACAUGUUCUUUCUCAGUACUUAAUUGUGUUGGUUCUAGCUUGGAGAUUAAUGCAAAAAGUGGAUCUCUUACCUCCUAGCCUUAGAGAAUUGCAGCUCGGUCGAUUUCUCAAAAAUGGUAGUCUGCUGUUGGCAAGAGUUAUAGCUGUGACCUUCUGCGUGACACUUGCUGCAUCCAUGGCUGCUCGGCUAGGUCCAACGCCGAUGGCUGCCUUCCAGACUUGCUUACAAGUCUGGAUGACGUCCUCCCUCCUCGCUGAUGGGCUUGCUGUUGCCGGACAGGCGAUCCUAGCCUGUGCAUUUGCAGAGAAAGACUACGACAAGACAACGGCUACAGCCACAAGAGUGCUACAGAUGAGCUUCGUUCUCGGCGUUGGACUUGCUGUGAUUGUUGCAGUGAUUAUGUACUUCGGAGCUGGAAUCUUUUCCGGAGAUGUAACUGUGCAAGCCCUCAUCCACGUCGGAGUGCCGUUUGUAGCCGCUACACAGCCAAUGAACUCCUUAGCAUUCGUAUUUGACGGAGUCAACUUUGGAGCUUCUGAUUUUGCUUACUCGGCCUACUCUUUGACUUUGGUUUCUAUUGCUACUAUUCUCUCUCUCUUCCUUCUCUCCAAAAGCUAUGGCUUCCUCGGGAUUUGGACUGCUUUGGCCAUCUACAUGGCCCUUCGUACUCUCGUAGGAUUGUUGAGGAUGGGAAGUGGAACAGGACCGUGGCGUUACCUAAGAGGGUCGUUGUUGCCUUAAUUAUGUUCUUACAUCAUAAAAGAAAGUUCGAUCGGCGAAGCUUUAUAAUAGCGAUAAUCUUAUCGGGUUUUUUUUUAAAAUGUUGUUAUUAUUAUUAUUAUUGUUAUUUUCUAUAGUCCAAAGUUGGGAAAGAGCUUCUUUCAUACAACAUAUGUUAUUGUUAUAGAA